AUGAGUCGUCAGCUCUCCUUCCUCGUCUUCCUGGCUCUCAACUUGAGCGUCCCAGUCUUCGGCCUGACCUGCCACAAGGUCAACGAAUGGGAGGCUUCCAUGGUCCAUGACCAACAUUUCUGCACCGCGUACUUUGAGGUUAGCGAAGGACACGCCUCAUUCGGAGGAUCGCAAGCUCAUCCAAAGGAUCUCCCGAAGAGCUACGCCUACGACUUCCUCAAUAAGGACGACUGCCAGUUGCAAACCGGGGUCGACAUUAUGGACGGGUCUGGUACGACAACCAGCAUCUGGGCCUGCCUCUGUUUUGAGAGCCACUGCAACUUCCCGUUCAGCUUCGAGGAGUUCGUUCGCCGCGGCCACACCCUUCGUCCGUCCUUCGUCCCAUUGGUCAUGCCUGCUGAAGAAUCUGCCGGACAUCAGUAA